AUGCUAUCUACAAGAUGCGAUACGGCAUUAGGAAGAAGCGUUCGAAAUAGCAUCAUCGAAGCUCCGCUCUUCGGAACCCGUCGAGCAGCACCGUACUCCGCUUGUGCGGGCAUUUUCAACUUCAGGGUCCCAGGUCGAGCUCACACCAUCCUCAUACUCGCCGCACUGCUCGCCAACGUAUUGGGGCUUUUCUCCUUCUACACGUAUGUACCAGCUCAUGCGGCCGCAACUGUCGGCGACCCAUGGCGCCAAGCGGUGAGGUUUUUCGCUGACCGUGCAGCAUGUCUGGCAGUGGCUCAGCUUCCCAUCGUCUUCCUGCUGGCUGGACGCAAUUCACCCGUGGCUAUCUUGAGCGGCAUCUCAUUCAACACGCAGAUGUUGUAUCACCGUUGGUUCGCCCGAAUCGUCCUCUUCCAGGCGUUCGCGCACGCAGCCAGCUACACAAUCCGCCAUGCGCCUGGCCAGUUGAAUGACUAUUCUGAUUUCAUGGCCAAGGCGUACGUGCGAUGGGGCGCGACAGCUCUCACCAUGCUUGCGGCUUUGUGCUUCUUCUCGUUUACCCUCUUCCGCAAGCAUUCGUACGAGGUCUUUCUCGUCACCCACAUCGUCUUUGUCGUGCUGACUUUAGUGGGCAUCCACAAACACUUGCAAGGGGCGGGUGUCUCCCCGCUCUCCGAUUUUUUUGUUAUCCUCUUCUUCUCUAUUGCAUGCUGGCUCUUCGACAGAGGUGUCCGCACUGUCCGUCUCGUCUUCCUCAACAUCGCCUUCAUCGCGAGUAAGGACGGCGGCCACUUCACGCGGAUGCGAGCCACAGCACUCCCAGACGGGACGCUGCACAUCCGCGUCUUCCUUCCCGGCCGGGCGACAAGCGCAUCGGCCAUAUUCUCCGCUCAGCCAGGACAGCACGUUUUCUUCGCUUGCCCUAGCAUCCAAGCACUAGCUCUACAUCCUUUCACUGUCAUGGCGCGCGGCGUUGACCCACAGCGAGUGCAGGCAUACAUCGACCUCGGCGUACAACCUAUGAACGGCUUCACGCGCCGCCUUGCAGCGCGGGUUCAGCGGUCGUCUGAGCACAUCUUGGAAUGCACGGCACUCGUAGAGGGCCCGUACGGGCGUGUGCCUUGCCUGCAGGAUUAUGCGAAUAUUGUGCUGUUCGCUGGCGGGAUUGGUAUUACGCACUGCUUGGCUGCGCUGUCACAAGCUCUACACGCUGCUAACUCAGCAAUCGUCGACAGCGAAAAGGGACCAGUGCAUGGCAGACGCAUCACGCUCGUAUGGGCGCACAAGGAACGCACAACGUUUAACAUCGCUGUGCCGUACCUCCAUGACGCUGCAACUCUUUUGAGAGAUAAUCCCGAUGCACCACAUAUCACCGUGCAUGCGUUUGCCACCCGCUCGCCUAUGCAGAAGACCACUUCCGACCCAAUAUCUCCAUCCUCAUCAUCCCCCUCAUCCGUGUCGCUUGAUGCUGCAGCUUGCAAGGAUCUUAGCAAGCUGCUGGUCGGCUCACCGAUCUCGGAAGCGUACGCCCUCAAUAAAAUGGAUUGCUCCUCCACUACUGCUUUUGACACACACAUGCUGUCGUUGGAGGAUGUACUCGACGUCAAGUUCCAUUCGGGCCGACCGGUCCUCAUUCGAGAGCUGGAGUGCGCGAUCGAGCAAGACUCUGCUUCGCUGCUCGGUCCUGCAGAGCCAACACGCACGGCCGUCGUCUGCUGCGGCGCAGCCGCGUUUGCUGACAUGGUGCGUGACAGCGUACGGAAGACGCGUUCGGCAAAAGGUAUUAGCAUUGAUUACUUCGAGGAGGCAUUCGCAUGGUGA